AUGGCCUCAUUCCCUCGCGCCCUCCCAUUCUUCCUCCCCAUCCCCUCGCGCCUCGCCCUCAACGCCCUCCUCGCGCUCAUCGCGCUCCUCCGCCAGGCGGAAGCCGCCUACACCGAUCCGCCGAUCCCCGACGGGUGCGUCGCGGAGAUAGCGGAGGUGGACCGGGAGGCCAUGCGCGCGGUGUACGCGGCGCUGCCCGAGGGGAUGUUCUUUUGGCACGACGGCAUACCGCAGUACAAGCUGUUCGACGACACCCACAACGUCUCCUACUGUUGCGUCGCGCCUAAGCUUGCUGGUGUCUCGUGCCGCCUCUGGUGCCCGCUCGAGUGCACGCCCGCCGGCCGCAUCACGCGCAUCUUCUCCGACCCGAGCCGCUGGGACAUGCCCGGCGGGCCUGGCGGGAGCGGGGGGAGCUGUCCGCCCGGCGCGCUGUCGCCCGCCAUUGGCGAUCUCGCGGAGCUCUACUCGCUGGUCUUCCGCCAUUCGUGCCUCGCCGGCGACUUGUCGGACUCCGUCAUGCGCCUCCAGAAGCUGACGAUAUUUGAAAUGCCCGAAAACAAGUGA